AUGCCGUCGAUAUCCCUCACCCUUCGCACAGCGCGAACCUUUUCGCGAAGCACGACAAAGACAUAUCUUAACCUCUCACGCUCCUUCUCAUCAUCUCUCCGCCGCAAUGAGAUCAACAAGGUCUACCCAAGUGCCGCAGCGGCCAUCGAAGACAUGUCCUCCAACAGCACGCUGUUGUGCGGAGGCUUCGGUCUUUCAGGCGUCCCAGAUACACUCAUCCACCAGGUGAAAAGUACACCACAAAUCACAGGCCUAACUGCCGUGUCCAACAAUGCCGGCGUAGUUGGAGGGGGUCUAGGCCUACUGCUAGAAAGCAAGCAGGUCAAGAAGAUGAUUGCAAGCUACGUGGGCGAGAACAAGGUCCUCGAACAGAUGUAUCUCACUGGUGAGCUGGAGCUGGAACUCACACCCCAAGGCACAUUAGCAGAAAGGUGUAGAGCAGGCGGUGCCGGAAUCCCAGCAUUCUACACACCCGCUGCUUUUGGCACAGUUGUGCAAACUGGAGAGCUAGCACUCAAGCACAACAGUGACGGCAGCGUAGCGCAAUACUCGACCCCCCGCGACGUCAAAGUAUUUGCCGGCAAGAGCUAUGUAAUGGAAGAGAGCAUCAAAGGCGACUACGCCUUCAUCAAAGCCUACAAAGCCGACCGCCUCGGCAACGUCCAAUUCCGCUUUUCGGCCCAAAACUUCAACGGUGCCAUGGCGCGCAACGCCAAAGUAACCAUUGUAGAAGCCGAGCACAUUGUCGAAGUCGGCGACAUCCCUCCCAACGCCGUCCACGUCCCAGGCAUCUACGUCGACCGCGUAAUCCAAUCGACGGCGGAAAAGAAGAUUGAAAAAGUCGUCAACGCAAAGGACCCCCAGGAAGCAGUUUCUGCCCUGGGCGCCGGCGACGCAGCAUCGAAACGCGAACGCAUCGUCCGCCGCGCAGCCAAGGAGUUCAAAAAUGGCAUGUACGCUAACCUGGGUAUCGGCAUGCCCAUGCUCGCCCCUUCCUUUGUCGACCCUUCGGUCGAGGUCCAACUCCAAUCUGAGAACGGCAUCUUGGGUCUCGGCCCUUACCCGCAAAAGGGACUGGAAGAUCCUGAUCUCAUCAAUGCGGGUAAAGAAACGGUUACCCUUCUCCCUGGUGCAUCGUGUUUUGGUUCAGAAGAGAGUUUCGGUAUGAUUCGCGCUGGAAAGAUCAACCUGACCAUUCUCGGUGCUAUGCAGGUUUCCGCCAGGGGCGACCUGGCGAAUUGGAUGUUGCCAGGCAAGGUCAAGGGCUUUGGUGGUGCUAUGGAUUUGGUGUCUAACCCGCAGGCUACCAAGGUUGUUGUUACUAUGGAACAUACGGAUAAGAAGGGGAGGCCGAAGAUUCUUAAGCAGUGCGAGUUUCCGCUUACGGGUAAGGCGUGUGUUAGUCGGAUUAUCACGGAUCUGUGUGUGUUCGAUGUCGACUUUACAGAGGGUCUGACGCUCAUUGAGCUUGCGGAUGGUGUUACUGUGGACGAAGUGCGGUCGAAAACUGGUGCUGACUUUAAGGAAGCGGCUGAGAUCAAGCCUAUGCUGUAG